AUGGCAUUCAUCCGAGCAUACCGAGAGUCGGACAAGGACGCAAUGAUCCAUAUCUUUCGUGAAACUGCUGCUCCAGAUUUACGCAAUGCAGGCGACCCUGUCCUGCAUUACGCCUCAUUCCUGUGGUGUCGACCCUACCUAAUGUUAGAACCCGAAACCUGCUUCGUCCUCGACGAUGGUAACGGCCUUGCAGUAGGGUACUUGCUUGGCGUUCCUGACACUGCCUCGUUUGUGCAAAAGUACGACGAUUCAUACAUUCCGUACCUACAGUCCCAAGGGUUUGAACAGCCGCGGCCGGACGAACAGACUGGCUGGAGUGAAAAUCUGCCAAACGCACUCAGACAAAUCAUGUUCACGCCCCAUGCGAUGCUACACGCACAGUAUCCUCAGCUGAUGGAGCAAUGGCCGGCGCACAUGCACAUCGAUAUACUAAUUCCCUACCAAAAGCAAGGCUGGGGUCGGCGCCUGAUUGAGGAGUUCUGCGGUGUGGCUAAAGAACAAGGUGCAAGAGGACUUCAUCUGCUUAUGGCCGCAGCGAAUGAAGACGCGGGGAAAUUCUAUCCUCGCGUAGGAUUUUCUCGAUUCCCAUAUGUGAUUGACAACGGUGUCAGUGGCGAAAAGGGCAGAGAUUCUGGCACCAUUUGGUUCGUGAAGUCACUAUAA